AUGUCUGGCGGUAUCGCUGCCAAUGCGACAGCUUGGAGGGUGUCUCCGUCAGCAGCACCAGCCGCCAGCACCGUCACCACCCCACCAUCCGCAUCUCCGUCCGAAACACCGACUUCCUCACCGCCGGCAUCAGCUCCCGCCUCAGCCCCGCCGACUUCCCCCCCGGUCAGAUCUCCUUCUACUCCGCCGCCGGUUAGCUCCCCGCCUGCGCCCGAGCCAGUCAGCUCCCCUGUUCAGUCGCCGCCUUCUCCAGCUCCCGAAUCCGCGGCUCCACCGGCCGACCAUUCUCCUCCACCGGCUCCGGCCACCUCGCUGCCGUCCAAUGCCCCUGCUCCAAGCAAGAAGCACGGCGGACCCACAACCGCACCUGCUCCAGAGCUGCUCGGCCCACCCGCGCCACCGGCCGGAGCACCCGGACCGAGCGCCGACUCCAUUUCUCCUGGUCCGGCGUCAGCCGAGGAUGUGGUAAGAAGCUUCUUAAAACCCUCGAUGUCGCUAAUGCCUCUUUUCACCUCUAAAAAAGUUUCGUUGCGCGGCCGGCCGACGGUAGAUGCCAGCCGUGAGUGGUGUGUCCGGCCGAAUUUGCUGUACCCAGGAGGUGUGUCCUUCGGCGCGACCGGUGGCAAGGGUUCAAUCGCGCCCUACGCGUCCAGCAUUAUGGGUCGGAGGCCUCCAUGUUGCCCGACAACCAUGGUUGGUCAAGUCCAUGGUUGCCGUCUCCACCGGCCAAUGUCCGGUGUUCAGCGGCCUGCGCCGGCGGUUUUUUAA